CAACGGACACCCAAAUGAAUCAGGAACAGAUGUAAUGUUUAACUUAGUCAAAUACCUCAGUACACUGGAUACGGUGGUUCGGAUGAAGAUUGGCAUGGAUCAUUUCAAUACAAUGAUUGUCGGUGCUGUCGAUGCCGCUUUUUACCCCUGCGACUGGAGAAAGCACAGAUUAAGUAGAGAAAUCAUCUUUAUCAGCUGUGUCUGUCCAUGGGAAGAGAAGACAGCUCCGUUACGACCUACUAGAACUGCAUCUUGACUCAGAGAACAUCUUUUCCAGAACACUUGUGAAAAAAUAACAGUCAUCCAAAUUUCACUUUCAAGUCUUUUCAAAAAACCUUCUAAAACGAUAUAAAGCUUUCUUACUUAGACAUCAAAGUAAAG